CAACAAAACGCUUUGAUAGUCUAUAAAAACCUGACGAGUUGCAGUCAAAUCUGAUUUACUACUUUGAACGAGAUGGUGAGAUACGGUCUUAAACGUGAUCUGUUGAUACGUUUUUCUCUGAUCGUGAACUUGUUUCCAAAAUUCUUCAGUUGUCAAGACAUCUGUGAACCUGACUGGAAGAACUAUAAAAAAGUAAUUUUUGAAAAUGCUUCAUAUAGAUAUUCUCUUUAUCAUGCUUACACAGAGAGAAUUCAGCUCAAUCAAUCUAAUCCGCUUUUGAAUGGCGAACUUCAAGUUUUCACUAAUGAUGAAUUUGUUGAACCGAAAUUCCCCUUCAAAUACUACGAUACUCGCAUCAAUAUCUUUAAUAUUUUCCCUUCAGGCUUAACGAAAAUUUACACAUCUGUAUACGUGGGACAAAUCACAAAUCGUAUGGUAGACACUAGCUAUUAUCAAUUCGAACUUUUGGAUAGGAAGGACGUAUUCGCUGUCAAAGUGCCUUUUGUGAAAACAGUUAAUGAUACUGAGGUUACAGCCAAGACAAUUUAUUUGAUACACCCGAAUGGGAAAAUAUCUUUCUAUUAUGAAAACAUUCCUAUGGAAGUUGAAGAGAGCAAACGACAAUCGAAAAUCAGCCGUAAAUUUGUAUGUGGAUCAAAUAAUACAGAUUACGAAAUAAUUGUUCCUGGAAAAUGGAUCAGGACUGGCACGUUGGUGGAGUAUGAAGCCAUCGGAACAAUUUGUCAACGAUACAAUUCGACUGAAUCAUGCCGAAACGCAACAACAUGGAAUAUGACGUGUAUUUGGUGCGAGAAAGCAAACACAUGCAUUGAAAGUAAUGAUCAUGAUACUCAUGACUUGAAAUUAAGCGAUUGCUGUAAUAAGAAUAUGACAACUGGAAUGAUCGAAGUGAAUAAACAGAUCAAACCAUUUGAGUACUUAUUUGUUGGCAUACCCUUGAUCAUCUCUUUGCUACUUGCAUGCAUCGGUUGUGCUAUUUGGAGAUGGCGGCAUAAAAGAAAAAAUGUAAGAUUUUGAGUCACGUCAUAUUAUUCUGUUCACGUUCGUUCUG